AUUAAACAUUUUUCUCUCAAUAUAUACUCACCCUUUUCUCUUCAUAUUUCUCCACACCAAAAAGUAUCAGUUACUCCCAACAAAAACAGAAGAAAAAAAGAAAAAAACAUAAAUGGGUUUUGAUGAUAUAUGCAAUACCGGUCUCGGUUUAGGACUGGGAUUCUCUAUAGGAGAAUAUAAGUCCAAGAAGCCAGCAGGUCAGAAGCUCGAAUUCCUCGGAAAAAUCGAGCCGUCGCUCACUCUAAGCUUAUCCGGCGAUCUGCCCAAAAAUCCCUCCGUUUCCGAUCAGAAUAACGGCAAGAUCGCCGCCUUUUCCGGCGAGGAUCAUCUGUACAGGCAGGACAGCGCGGCGUCAUCGUUCUCGAACGUGAGCAGCGUGAAGAGAGAGAGGGAGCCGGCGAGCGAGGAGGUGGAGAGAGAAAGGGCGAUCUCGUCUAGGGUUAGCGACGAGGACGAUGAUGGAUCUAAUGGCCGGAAAAAACUCAGGCUUAGUAAAGCUCAAUCGGCUCUUUUGGAGGAAAGCUUCAAGAUGCACAGUACUCUCAAUCCUAAACAAAAGCAGGAUUUGGCUAAGGAGUUGAAGCUUAGGCCACGGCAGGUGGAAGUUUGGUUUCAGAACAGAAGAGCCAGAACAAAGCUGAAGCAAACAGAGGUGGACUGCGAGUUUCUGAAGAAGUGCUGUGAGACGCUGACGGAUGAGAACCGGCGGCUGCAGAAGGAGCUUCAAGAGCUGAAGGCUAUGAAAUUGGCUAAGCCGCUCUAUAUGCAGCUUCCAGCUGCCACGCUCACUAUGUGCCCUUCAUGUGAAAGGAUUGGCGGCGGAAGCAGCGGCUCGGAACACGUGGCUAAGACAGCCGCCUUUGUUAUGGCUCCUAAGCCGCACCUCUACAAUCCCUUCACAAAUUCGUCGGCGGCUUGUUAGAUAAUCUUUUAGCUUCUUAGUAAAUUAAAAAGAAAAAAAAACAUAUUAUAAAAAAAUUGAAAAAGAGGAGUAGAUACGAAAAGACUGGAACCACCCUCAGUCACAACCCUGUUUUUUAUUCGGUUAAGGGCUUGUUUGACGGUAGAAGAAGGAAAAGGGAAAAAGAACUAUAAGUUUGAGAUAGUCUAUAGAUAUUAGGAAAUUACUAAUCGUGUUGUUUGCUUAAUUUUUGUAUUUAUUUUGUAGUUGUACAUGUAAUAAUUUUUUUAUUUUAAAGAUCAUAUUCCAACAGGGUGAAGGGAUUAUUGUUUAAUUUACUUGGUCCAAUUAUUGUGAAUUGUUGACUUGUGGAAUCAACAAGAGAUCGUAAUAAACACGGAAUGUAAACAAUGCCAACAAG